AGUCUUUUUACUUACAUCCAAACAAAGUGUUUAGAAGCAAAUGAAAUGGAAAGAUAUUUUUCUUAAUAUUCGAACAAUAUUAAAAACCAAAUGCAAAAAAAAAACCAAUUCGAAAACACUGAAAUUUCGCGAGUGGUUUAUCAUAAAACCAGUUUAUUCCCAUCUCGCGAAGCAACAUAAAUUCCAAUUUGCACAGAAAAUAAACUGACCAAAAUUUUAUAGCAAUUUCCAUUGAUGAAGUAACUCAUACAUGGAAAUUCUCAAUGACUUUGGUGGAAUACUAUCAAGAAAAGCAAAUAAUAAUGUACACAAUGUGGUAAUGAAAACACUUGGAGGCGAAUGUGCUUUCAAUCUCUCAACAUUACAUGUUCAUCGUGACAGUCUAUAUUUCCCCUUCGGUGGUUUCUCAGAUAAAGUCUUUUCUGUGGUGAUAAGAGCAACAAAACUCAAAUUCAGAUAGAAGAACAUUAAUCUAUGAGUUGGGCAGAGUGUGAAAGUGGAGGAGAUAAAAGUCAAUUGCCAGUUCUGUGAUCAAUGUCGAACACAAUAGUUGCGCGAACGGCUUUGGGGCCCAUCCGGGGGCUUCACAGUGAAAAUCUGUGGGGCACAAAGUACUUGACUUUCUUCAAGGUGCCCUAUGCUAAGCCGCCGAUUGGAAAUUUGAGGUUCAAGGAUCCUGAACCUAUUGAACCUUGGAAUGAUAUCUUGGACUGUACAGAGGAAAGUCCAGGAUGCAGUCAGAAGAUGAUGUUUAUAGACGCGUAUCAGGGCCAAGAGGAUUGCCUACACUUGAGCGUUUUCACUCGAAACACUGAUCCUAAAAAAUUACUCCCAGUAAUGGUCUUCAUUCAUGGAGGCGGAUUUAUCUGCGGAUCUAAUGCUACUCAAGUCUACGGACCUGACUACCUAAUUGAGAAAGACAUCGUACUCGUAACCAUCAACUACAGGGUUGGACCCCUAGGCUUCCUAAGCCUUCAGGAUUCAACUCUAAAUGUGCCAGGAAAUGCUGGGUUGAAGGACCAAACUAUGGCCCUUAGAUGGGUGAAGGACAACAUCUUCUAUUUCGGAGGGAACCCGAACUGCGUCACCCUAUUUGGUGAGAGCGCUGGUGGAGCUUCUGUGCACUACCACUUGAUUUCGAACCUAUCCCGAGGACUCUUCCACCGAGCUAUAAUUCAGUCAGGUAGUGCCUUUAACCACUGGGCUCUGCCUCCGGAACGCAACUGGGCACAGCGUCUGGCUAAGAUCCUUGGUUGGGAUGGGAACGGUGGGGAUGCAUCAGCCCUUGAAACUUUAAUGAAGGCCGAUCAUAUGGAUAUCGUUAAGGGACUGGAUAACCUCCUAACCCCUGAAAUGCGAAAAGAAGGUUCACUUUCGCACUUCGGACCGUGUAUAGAGCCAUACCAGAGCCCUCAGUGCAUGGUGCCUAGGCAUCCAAGAGAAAUGAGUCGUUCAGCUUGGGGAAACUCCGUUCCAGUUCUAAUUGGUGCGAAUACCGAAGAAGGAUUACUGUUUUACCCUGAGGUCAAGAAAGGUUCCGAGCAAGAAAAGCUACGAAGUUUGAAGGACUGCGUUCCUAUGGACCUGAAUUUGAGUUUGUGCAGCGGAGAACGCGAUCGAAUUGCCGAAAAACUCCGAAAUUUCUACUUCGGGAAGAAUACAACAAAGGAGGAAAACUUCAGAAGCUACGUUGACUUAUUCAGCGAUAAGGACUUCUGGCACGGGAUAAUGAGAUUUGUUCGGUCCCGUUGUGAAAACACCUUCAAAGUACCAACCUUCCUCUACCGGUUCAAUUACAACCUACCUGAUCUUGCCUUUGUGAAGACACUCAUAUGUCCAGAAGGAGUCCCUGGCGUAUGCCAUGGAGAUGAUUUGGGAUACCUCUUUAAGACAGCUCUGACCGAUCAAACAGUAGCUAAGGAUAGUCCAGAAUACCGAGCAAUUCAACUGGUUGUGUCAAUUUGGACUACCUUUGCCACUACUGGAAAUCCGAAUUGUGAUGCAACAAGGCCUGAACUGUGGCAUCCAGUUGCACUUACAGGACCGCCAUUUAGGUGUUUUAAUAUAUCCGAUAGGCUGGAGUUCUACCAAUUGCCAGAAACAGAACGGAUGGCUCUUUGGGAUUCGUUUUACGAUCGUAAAGCUUUGACAUAAAUUUGACAGAGUAAGAUAAUUAUUUUGAUCUAAACGGUGAUACUGGGACUGAGGGACUGAGAGUUGGUAUAUUUUUUGAAAUACAUAUUUUUUGGUUUAAAA